CUCGGCCAUGGCGCCGUAGCGCCGCGAGCUGCGCCGACGGCAGCGCCGCAGGCGCGCGCCGCCCCGCACUCCUGCCAUGACGGCAGCUCCGUCGGCCGCCCCCGCGGCGAGCCCGGCCAGCCUGGCUCGCAGGGCCCCCGUGGCCCGGGGCCCGCGAGGUUCGACGAGCCCUGCCUCGCCGCGGCAGCCGCCCGCGGGCCGGGCCUGCGCGAGGAGAUCCUCGCCUGCUGCCAACGUGAGCCAGGGGGACUUCCUGACGGUGGGCCUGCAGAACAUGCUGCGUGCCACCAGCGAGAGCCUCAGCGACACGCGCGCGGCGGUACAGGAGGGGCAGGCUGAGCUCAGGCGCCUCCUGAACUUCCACGGCGGGGGCAGCUUCAUGAGGGGCUGGAGGCUUGAGCUGGACCCCGACGGCGUCCUGCAGAUCGACUUUCAGACCUUCUGCCGGGCAGCCGGGCGCAUCCGUUUCUCCGGCGACACGCAGGCGCUCUUCUCCGUUGACGCCGACAGCAGGUACCUGACGAUGGAGGAAGUGUAUCCUGCGAAGGGCCAGCUGAUGGGCCGCUUCAGGCAGUGGAUCCAGCAGACGUUCGGCUCACCCGUGGCCUUGUUCCAUGCAGCCUCCCAUGGCGCGGCGACAGUAACGAGGGAGCAGUUUUGCGAGUUCCUCCAGGAGAAAGAGUGGGGCACGGACGCCAAGGAGCUCGCGGACAUCUGCGACUGCAUCGACUUCGUGGACUCGGGCGACGUCAGGAUGGACGACGUGCUGUUCCUGGAGCUGGACCCCAGGAUGCGUGACGAGUACAUGUUCAGAGUGAGGAUGGACUCCAUGCAGGAGUGGCGCAUGCAGGCCGCGCAGGACUUCGUGGAGAUGUCCCGGACGCAGGGCGCGGAGCUCGGCCAGGGCGGCGCCAAGAGGGCCACACACAGGCUCGCCCCGCGCCCCUGGCAGGAGCACACGUUCGAGAAGCUGCCCCACGUGGCGUGCCAGGAGCGCUACCGCAAGGCCCGCGUCCUGAGGCGCAGGCAGACCGCGGCGAAGAGGUCCUUCCAGAAGCACCUGCAGGCCACCUUCGGGCACGAGGUGCGGGCCCUGCGCCGCUCCCUCGGCGGGCCGGGCAGCCCGUACUUCGUCUGCCGGGACAUCCUGAGGCAUCAGCUCAGCAAGUCGAUCCUCCAGGUGGACGCGCGAGCCCUUUGGCAGGCCCUCGACGAGGAGCGCGAGAACAGCGCCGAGCGGGGCAAGUGGACGGGCACUUCCACGGCCCGAAUGAACUUCAGCUCGUUCCGCAGGGUCCUCGCCGCGCUGGGGUACCCCGCCGUGUCGGACAAGGAGCACCGGGGCCUGCUGAUGACGUCCCUGGACCUCAUGGGCUGCGGCUUCGUGGAGCGCGGCGACCUGCUCUGGCUCGACGGCUGGGACGCCCCGGAGUGGAUAUCCGCCGAGCCCGAUGAGGAGGCGUGGAGCCAGCUGAGGAGCCUCCUGGAGCAGAGCUGUGGCCAUCUACUCUGUGCCUGGACGCAGCUGCUGGACCAAGACAGCUCCAACAAGAUCUCCUGGGACGAGUUCGAGCAGGCAUGCAGCCGCAUCAAGUUCAGCGGCAACGUCGCUGGUGCCUGGAGGGUGCUCGACGAGGACCUUUCCGGCUACAUUACAAUGAACGAGUUCGACCAGCCCAGCGCCGAUUUGUUGAGCUCUUUCAAGAGCUGGACCGAAAGGUACUUCGGCUCGGUGAGCCUGUGGUUCGAGGCACUCGACGCCCAUAAUCAAGGUUGGGUCGCGCUGGCCGAUAUGAGGCGCGCCUUCAGGAGGCACAGCUGGGACGGCGACGUCCGCCUCCUCUUCGACUGCCUGGCCACCAGUACCGUCGAUCCGGGCAACGGUGCGCUGCAGAUCUCCCAGUCAGGCAACGGCACGAGGAACAAGUCUAAGAAGGAGACCAUGGUUCGGAGCAGUUCUGUGAGGAAGGUGAUCGUGCUGGAGGACGUGGAGUUCCUGGACUCCUGGACGCUCCAGCUGCCCGAGGAGUCCCUGCUCCAGUGCGGCAGGGAGGAGAGCUGCGGCGGCAGCAGCGCUGGCAGCCUGAAGCGGCGCAGCCUCCUCGUGGGCCAGCCGCGACCGUCCACCGCGCCGGUGCCGCUGGCGCCCGAGAUUGGGCACCGGACCAUCCUGGGGGACUGA